GCGUCAGCGCCGCUACUGAGCAUGCCCACGCCACCCGCGCAUGCGCCCUGCGGCGCCGCCGUUUAUUCUAAGGGAGGACUAAUUCUGGCCGGAUGGUGCAAAAGGCUUCCCCUCCUCUCGCAGCGCGACUGCGGGGCCCGGCCACGGGAUGUGGCGGUCUCCAGCACUGUCGCCUCUCCGCAACCGGCGAAGUGCUAGUCCCCCCCUUAGCGCUCCCUCCGAACAGCGCGCACCCACCUGCAGCCAACACCAGCAGCUCACCGACUAGUCUGGCCCACCCUCCGCAGCAGCAGCGCCAGCAGAUUGGCUCCUUCCGGUGUCAUUCUUCCGCUUCUUCUACUUGGAAUGGUUCCCGCGGCCGUCAAUCCAGACGAAAGCCCACCCAUCCUCCCGAGCGGGUUCCUCUCUGUGCUCGCUGACGACACCAUGGGUGCAGUUCAGCCGCAGGCACCGCCUUUCCCCUGAUAAGUCGAUACCUGGCGCAUUCCCCUGUCACUCACAGGGUACUUUGAUGUCUGAUUGGCUGCCGUUCCUCGACGGCGGGUCCCUCCCGCCCAAGGAUAUGCGCAUGCGCGCGUUGUACCGCACGGUAGCGGAGGCAGAGGGGCGAGGGUCUCGCUGCCGUCGGACGGCGCUGGGGCCUAUGGGCAGCGUGCGCUGGGCCUUCCCUUGCGCCGCCUGGCGCCCCUGCCGCCAGGAGUGGCUGCUGGCGGCCCGGCUGGUGCAGCCAGAGGAGAAGGACCGCGUCGGCCAGUUUGUCUUUGCCCGCGAUGCCAAAGCCGCCUUGGCUGGUCGCCUGCUGAUGCGGAAAUUAAUUGCAGAAAAGUUGUGCAUACCUUGGAAUGAAAUAAACUUGCAAAGGACAUCAAAAGGAAAACCUUUCCUGGCAAAUAACGUAUUCAGUAUCUAUUCAAAUUACAACUUCAACGUCUCUCAUCAAGGAGAUUAUGCAGUUCUUGCAGCUGAGCCUGAGCUUCAAGUUGGCAUUGAUAUUAUGAAGACUAAUUUACCAGGUAGUAGCUCAAUUCCAAAUUUCUUUCACAUCAUGAAGCGGCAGUUUACUGAAACAGAGUGGGAUGUAAUCAAGUCUAUGAGUAAUGAAUGGAUGCAGCUGGAUAUGUUUUAUCGGCACUGGGCCUUAAAGGAAAGCUUCUUAAAGGCUAUUGGAGUCGGAAUUGGCUUUAACUUGCAAAGAAUUGAAUUUAAUGUGUCCCCAUUGCAACUGGAAAUAGGGAAGGUGUAUAAGGAGACAAAAAUGCUUCUGGAUGGAGAUAAAGAAGAAGAGUGGACAUUUGAGGAAACUCGGUUAGAUGACCAUCAUCAUGUUGCAGUGGCUCUCGGCAAACAGGAGGGAUUUGGACAGAAGCAUUCUGAUGUAUGUUCCAUGGAGCCUAACCAACCACAGUUUAUAGUAUUGACUUUUGAAGAUUUAGUUGUAUCUGGUAUUCCAGUCACACCUGAGGAUUCUGCAUAUUGGGAUAAUUUUUGUUCUAAGCAGGAGAGUCCAGUGAAACAGAAUUCACAUUCAAGAUCAGAAUGCUUAUAAGAAAAAGAAAAUUGUCAAAGUUUUUAUGCUGGUACUCUACAUAAUUCAGUGUGUGGGAAUAAGUGCACAUGUGUAAAUAAAACAUGCCUUUCCUUAUUUAAACUAACAGUAUGAUUUUCACCUUUUUAAAAUUGACAUUCUUUAUCAAUAUCUUAAGGAAGAUGCAUGUUUCCUCGCUGAAGGAAUUCUGAGUGAAAAGUCUAAGCUGGCCGCAUGCUUUUUUGCUUUUCCAUGCCUGUGGUUCUUACACUUCAAUAAUGACCCAUGCUAGGAACAGGGAGCAGAGCUACAAUAAUGUUGUCGAUUAGUCAACAAGUGUUUAAUAUAUAAAAAUGUGUUUCAAUACUUCAUUUAUGCUGAAGCUUAAAUUAUGAUGCUGCCUUUUCCCUUACAAAAAUAAUAGGUUUACUCUCAGGUGGCUGAAUAAAGCCAGAAGAAUUGGUACAAAUCUUUUUGCUGUUGCUGUAUGGUGCAAGUGUUUGUACAACACUUUGUGUAAUAGCAGACCGAAGAAGUCUGAAUCUUAGUAUCCUGGAACUACAUCUAUGCAAAACUAGUUUGAGGCAGGGAAUUAUAAGUAUUUCAUAUCCUUUUCACUUACAGUCUUUGUUAAUUAAAGUUUCCUGUAUGUAACUUAGGAAUUAAUUUUUAACAGUUCUUUUUGUAUUUUUUCCCCUCAGCAGCAGAUAUGAGGCAAACAGCAGUUCAGUUUUCCUAGACUUGCAUUUACAUCUGUACUGUCCUAGACACUAAGUCAUGAGGGGCGGGGGGGGGGGGGGGGGGGGGGGGGGGGGGGUGACAAACAAAAAAACCCUAUUUACAUUUUUCCAAAUAGGCUUGUAACAUCUGAAGACAGAAUAUUUUAUUGUCUUACAGUGAAUUAAAAUUUCUGGAGAUCUGUAGAUCUUGAGUGCACCUUUAGAGUAUUUGUAUUCUUUUUCAAAACAAAUCCUGUUUUGUGCCAUUACCUCUCACUUUUUCUAGAAGUCGUAGAUCUGUUAUGGUCCAUCUAAAUGUAAGGACAUGUACUGAACAGAAUGAGUCAUACUGAAUGGAAUGAUUUUCACAACUAAAAAGAGUUCAUUUCUGUCCUACAGUUAAACAUAGAUCUUCAGUGACUUCAGGUUUGCGUACAACGUGGCUGCACCCUGUAUUCUGACUAAAGGAGAAUCUACAUGUAGUGUAACCGUUGAAACCAUGCCUUAUUACAAAGAUAAAGAAAAGGUUUAGAGAGAGGAUAUGAGUUCCACAAUAUCAUACAAGCUUUUGGAAUUUUGUUGCAGAUAAUUCUGAAUUCAAAUAUGCCGUUAAACUUUCCUACUUCUACCAGUUCUGAUUAAUAUUUUCGUUUCCAUUUCAAUGACUCUCUCAUCUUGCAUGCUAAUCAUAGUUUUUGGUGUUUUGCUUUUUUCCUCCAAAACUGCAAAUCAGUGAAGCAGCAACUCUUUUCUCCAUACUCCACAGGGGUUAAAUUAGAUGUUCAGUAACUUCAAAGCUGAAGUUAACAGAAAUAUGGAGUAAUUUAUAUACAAAUUGUAAGUCAAGUAUUCCAGACUGUUUUUUUUAAAUGAAAUACAACUUGAGAGAAAUAGUUGGCACUCCAUGGAGGCCAGAAAAGGCUAUUCAGUGGGUAUGUAAUGGUAACACUUACUGGUGUAGGAUAUUUUUAACUGAUUCAGUGGACUCUGUCUUAUUCUGUUCUACCUGAAGUGUACUGUAAUCCCAGAUGGGCAAGCACAUGAAGGUGCUUAAGAGCUGAGAUAACUAGAAGCAUUGCCAAGCUGAAAGAAAGGACUUGUUCUGCCACAGUUUUAGGAAGUCUGCUGAAUAAGGAAGCCUGUUCAGAGUAUGAGAGGCUGGAGAGUACUGAGCUCUAUGGCUGGCUGGCUGUUAACUGAUACAGUACAUGCCAAUCCUCACCAAUCCUCACCAGUCACUGAGGACCCCAUCAAUUGUAGCUGUACCAGCCAGUUAAAAUUGCCGACUUUUUUGCUGGGACAAUGAAAUCAGCUGCAAAUAUAGGGUGGGAUGAAUAGGAAAUUUUCAGAUCUGGGGAUAUUUCUGGGGAUAAAGGAAUUCAUUUCGUAUUAGAGAUUAGUUAUUUUUGCCUAGUGACAGUGUCUCAAAACCAAAUUUUUCUCUCAUUGGAAAGAGUUUAAAAAGUUUUACUGAAAUUAUUUAUAAUAUUGUUCUUGCAUAUAUGUAGAGGACAAACCAAUUCUGUUAAAUUAGAAAAUUACACUUGGUUUGCUUGCCAGGAAUAUGAUAAUUUUCAGGUCUGUAUCUAAUUAGAAAGGUUAGAAAAACAAAGGAGUUUGUUUUGGUUAGCUUUCCAUGAAACAAAAGCAUAGUUUCUGACAGUCGAGACAGAAUCAUCUAGAAGAUUGCAGUUCCUCAUGUUAUGAUUUUGUCCAUGUCUUUGAUUUACACUGAGCUAUUUGAAAAAAAAAAAGUUAAUCUCUCUCUUUUUCUUUUUUUUUUUCUCUUUUUUUUUUUUUUUUAAACCUUAGGUAGCAGUAAAGUUAGGUGAUGGUAGUGCCUUGUGAAGAGCCGCUUGAGUCAGGUGGUUUAGUGUCAGUGCAAACGGACAGAAUUUUUACACUUGGUUUUACCACUGUGGAAAAGAGCAGCUGCAUAGUUAUGGCAAUAUCAGCUAAAAGCAUGCUGCUAAAAGGCCAGCAAGACACUCUGACUCUUUAUGAAUGUGAAUGAUCCUUCUUAAAAGUCAUCAGAAUUUUUUGCUGGGCAUCUGUGUACUGCAGAGGCAUGUAUUGAAAUAAAUGUUGCCAGUGUGUACAGAUGAGUUAUGUAAUCUCACAGCUCUAAGAUAUUUUUUUUAUUAUUUCACACACUUUUUUUUUAUUAUACCUUCCCUUAUAUGAAAAACUGAGCCCUGUAUCCAUACAUGGCCAUAACACUGGCUUCCUUGCAUUUCCUCAGAAUAUAGUCUUAAUGUCCAUACUGUUGCUGCUGUUUUUAGAAAUACUGGUCCAGCACAGCUCCAGCUUCCCUCACUAAUUGAUGUUGGCCCAGUCCAGUGCAGAUGAGCUGAUCUUUGCUGGUCUCCCAUCACUCUUCUAUCUGCAACAAAUUUCCCAGUUAUGUCUAGAAGCCCUCUGCCCUUCAGGUUCCUUCUCUAGAGCUCCAUUCCUUUAUCUGUUUUGUUUUCUAUAUACUGCCCUAGACAUGACCGUACCACAUACCUGGAUUCUAAAGAGUAAGAAGCUGCAGAAACACAAGCUCUGCUCCACGUGAGCCUUUCCCAGCAGGGGCUGUGGCUAGGUAGUCUUUUUCCCUGUGGAACAGGAUUCACCAGCUUCCCUGUUACUCAAGUACAGAUUCAGAUCCUAGAUCAGAUCUGCUGCCCUAGACUGCAGAUCAACACAGUGUUUCUGAGGAGUAGCUAUUAAUAGUCUGACCUAAAAAAUUUUAAAAAAGUUUUAAAAAGUUCUGGUCUUCAGUGAACAGAUUGUCAAAAGUGAAUAAAUGUGUCUUACUUUGGAUAUAUCGUCAUGUUUAAACCUUUGUUUAUCUUACAUAAAAAUUAUUAGAGUGGCUAGGAAUUUCAGAGGAUAAAACUGUUCAAGACAAUUUGCAGCUGUGUGACAAGAGACCGGUGCCAUUUGAUGUGAAAAUCUGUAACUUUGAAAAGUGGAUCAUAGGAAUUCACUCUUAGCCUUUCACAAAGUCUGUAAACCUAUGCAAGAUAUAUAUUGUUACUAUAUUAUGGGAUCAAAUGCCACUGAUGUUAAUCAAAUGUACUUAUCUUAGACAAGAAAUCAUAGAUGUACCAGCAAAAGUAGUGUAAAUAUGGUUGUAAUCUAUAUGUUCUUGUAAACAUUCAGGCAGCAGCUGACUGCAAUAAAGCCAUGAUCUACAAAGAAAAUCCAGAUAGGAAGUAAAAGAUAGCUAUUCAAGUGAGCAUAGGCUGUCUCUUUGUUGGAGCUUUACAAGAUUAUAGUGCUACAUUCUACAAAGAUGGUAAGUGGUGCUUGGGCACAAUUGAUACAACCAAGUCUAAAACAGUGAUUUAGAUUUUCCUCCUUAACUGCUGCCUAAUUCUGCAGGUGGCUGGACAUGCUAAUUUGCUCUUCAUGUUCCUCCAGAAUAUGGAUAUUUUUGAUUGCUCUACAUUAUGUAGAAAAUGUAAGCAUGAAGUAAAUUCUGACUUCUUCUCAAAAGAGCCAACAUUUUAAAAGUUUUUUUUCAAAAAGUCACAUAUUGUAAAAUGUUAUUGUCUUGUGCUGUUAUGUACAGUUUUUUGUGGCCAGAUACUAUGUAUGACUCCUAUUUCUGAUAAGAUUGAGUUUAAUUUCUUUCUUGAAAUAAAAAGUAGGUUAUUUUA